GGAAGAUGGCGGAGGAGGAGAAGCUGCCGCCGGGCUGGGAGAAGCACAUGAGUGGCAGCUCAGGCCAAGUAUACUACUUCAAUCACAUCACCAAUGCCAGCCAGUGGGAAUGGCCCAGGGGCGGCAGGAGUGUUGGAGGCAGUAGCAAGAAGAGCCAGGGGGAGCCGGCCAGGGUGCGCUGCUCGCACCUGCUGGUAAAGCACAGUCAGUCUCGGAGGCCCUCAUCCUGGCGGCAGGAAGAGAUUACCAGGAGCAAUGAGUAGGUGCUGGAGCUGAUCAAUGGCUACAUCCAGAAGAUUAAGUGGGGAGAAGAAGACUUUGAAUCUCUGGCCUCACAGUUCAGCGACUGAAGCUUCGCCAAAGCCAGAGGAGACCUGGGUGCCUUCAGCAGAGGUCAGAUGCAGAAACCGU